AUGCGGCGAUGGCUCCGACCAGUGGAUCUUCAGUGGGGCGCUCCCUUGGCUCCCGCCAGCCCCAUCCGGUACCAUAGCCCUCCCGUGCCCCUCACUGGCGCCAAGCUUCUUGCCUACAACUUCAAUGUCCAGCCCUACGCGUGGAGCCGGGCCAUCGAGGGGCUCCCCGCUCAUGACGUCGCCAAGCUAAACCAGCCCGACCCCCGGCUAUUUCAAGAGCAAAUGAGGAUUUAUAGAGCGUACGAGAUCGUCGAGCACCAGCGCCGCCACGGGAACCACCUCAACCCCUACGUGGGGCUGGGGCUCCACCCGUGGGAGAUCGUCAAGGAUAAGCUCCGCAAGCAAGUGGUGGGCAAGUUUAGGGACUUGGACGAGUUUGAGAUGGACAUCUACGACGAGAUCAUCGUGUUUGCCACCACAGGAAAGCCUUUAGGCAUCGUGGCGGAGGUUGUAGCGCCGCCCCCUAAAAUGCCGGCGUGGGUCAAGCAGUGGCGCGACACAGGAUACGUGGUCCGCUCACGCUUCACCAAGACCAACUUCGCCCUGUUCUAUGCCCAGUGGGUCGCCCAUAACUCCAGCAGCGCUCGUCCAUUGGUCAGUGCCGCCAGCGCGUGGCGGGCCAUGCCCCAGAGCGAGAGGGAACAGGUGCCGCUGCCCACGCGCCAGCUGAGGGCGUAUAAGGAGAUGUUGCUUGAGAUCCGACUUGCGUUGGUGAUGGACUUCAUCUGCUACGGGUGGUUGUACCCGAGCCACGACUGGCUUUCUCACUAUCGCGCCAUGGGGCCGGGGUGGACGUACAUGCACCGGCUGUAUACCGAUGUCGACUACCGCGUGUUUACCGCUAAGGUCUAG